AUGCCGAGCCACUCUCCGGCGGCGACGACGAUGCAGCGCCACCACGGGCUGCAGGGCCCCCGACCGGCUACGCUCAAGGUCACCAAGCAGGCGGGCCUGGGCAGGAGGAAGCGGCCGGUGAUCAUCUACGUGGAGUCACCCAAAGUCGUGCACGCGCAACCCAGCGAGUUCAAGUCCGUCGUGCAGCGCCUCACCGGUGCUCCACCGGCGCCGUCAUCAUCGUCAUCGUCCUUGCUCUUCUCAUCAGCAUCCCUGCUACCGCCACCGCCACAGUUCCUGGCGAGUUCCCUGUGGUCGACGACGGCACCGGCUGCGGCCUCCUGUCAGCUGCCUGCUGAUGCCGCGGCCAGCGCCGUUACAAGCCUCGGCUUCUUCAUCAGUGACAAUCAGCUGAUAAGCCCCGCGGCGUUCAUAUACGAUCAUCAUCAUCAGAGUCAGAGUCAGAGCAUGGUUGAUGGUCCAGCAGGUGCGGCGGCGGUAAAUCCAGUACUCGUUGCUGUGCCGCCGUCUCUUGGCGCGUGUUAUCAGGGGGAUGGAUCUCUGUUUCGUCAGCCAGCAGUAACUAAUCAUUGA